AACAAGGCAAAACAUUAUUUCAAGCAGUCAGGAGUCAGCCGCUUCUUGUCACGUUGAACAAGGUAAGUGUAGGCAGUGGGCGGAUUUGGCAUCAAAGCAAUCAACGUCUUUUCACAUUUGUUUGACAGUUCUGGGAAAUGUGAACGGGGUUGUCUAUUUAGUAGUAGUGAGCUUCCCCCUUGACAUACUUAAACUGGACGACUCCAUCACCUGUCUGAGAAGGGCGAGUAGUUUGUAAUCAUAAAGCUAGUCAACAUAUUCUGGUCGUGCAAGACUUGUGGGUUUCAACUAUUUAAAGAAUUACCUUUGUUCUUAACAGGAAUUUUAUUAUGGAGGUUGUUGACGGGAUGAUUUGUGGGAAAGUUUUAAAUUGGUUUGUGUUUGGCACAAUUAAGCUUCUUGUGAGCUGGCUAGUAAAUGAAAGUGUUGUCGGUUAACAAGCUGUUUUUUCUGCAUUUGAUUUCUCGUAAUGUGUGUGAAUUAUGAAAGCACCUGGUGCCACUGGUCGGGUGUGAUCUAGUGUUUAGUGUAUCUUAUGUCCAAGUCACACAAGGAGGAAGAGAAGGCUGCCAAUGUGAGCAUCCAUCAAAACCUGUUGCAACAGGUUGUCUUGCUUAUUCUCUCAUCUCUCAUCUCAUUCCAGUCUUUAGUUGGACGAGUGCCACACACACACGCACACACAAGCACACUGACACACACACACAUUCACACUCUGGCAUGACGAUAAUGUUACAAGCAGUCGAAUCCAAAACUGGCCCUUCAACUGAUUGACUGCACAUUUUGACAAUUUGCACGCUGACAAGCACAUCUUCAAGAUAUGGAGCCAGGAUGUGUUGAGACCUAAGAGGGAUUCCGAAGGUGUAAAGCCACAAAGAAGCCAUUGACACGUUUUAAAUUAAGGAAUAACGUCUUGGUACAAAAUGUCAGUCACUCCAUCGUUUUCACCCAGCAAGGAUGAGUCUAAACCUUCGACUUCCCAGGCCAAACCUCUCACCUCGCCCGAGCACCUUGAGCGGGUGGCAGAAUCACAGACAACACAUUGCAGUGAUGUCUGCUUUAGCCAGCAAGCCAGAGCACCCGUCACCUUAAGGCACGCAACUGUGAGCAGGAAGCACAACGUAGAAGAGACGGGACGGCAGGGCCUCAUCGACGCAUCUCGCUUCCACCCCUACCUGCGACAGCUCAGCGAGGAUUCAGUCGAAAAUACAAUUUGUCUUCACCCUGGUUCGUCUCCCUUCGGCAGCCUGCAGCAGCUCUGCAGCCCUCAAAUGUGCUCUGUCACAUUUGGAUCAAACAGCGAGGUGCAAACACUAUGGGAACAAUCCACCUACAAUGGUCAGUGUUCCUACCCUGACCUACCACCCGUGCCAGCUGAGACUCCUUGUUCCCAUUCUCAGUGCUAUAUAUCGUAUAAUUCCGCCAGCCCGCUGCAAGAGGUUGUGACAAGGCCAUACGAUACUGAGGAGCAUUCCUGCAAGCCAAGUUAUUCUCACCAUAGUCGCUCGUCUCAAAUUCAUCAGAGAAACAACUUGCAGCCCCUCUUCGCCAAACCAAUUUACUCAUACAGCAUUCUCAUCUUCAUGGCUCUAAAAAAUAGUGAAACGGGAAGUCUCCCAGUCAGUGAGAUCUACAGCUUCAUGACUGAAAACUUCCCCUACUUUAAGACAGCCCCCGAUGGAUGGAAGAACUCAGUACGCCACAACCUUUCUCUAAACAAAAGCUUUGAAAAGGUGGAGGGCAAAAAAGGGAAUUCCUCUCGGAAAGGUUGUCUGUGGGCUCUCAAUCCUGCCAAAGUGGAGAAAAUGCAGGAGGAGUUGUACAAGUGGCGCCGCAAAGACCCCGUCAGUGUUCGCAGGAGCAUGGCGAGACCAGAAGACCUAGACCAUCUUCUUGGACAGAUGCCCAAGACGCUACGAUCAGCGCCACCAUACACAAGACCUGCUGGCAUUUAUGGGCCCAUGCCAACGUCCUCCAACCCAACACAUGGCCAACCCAGCCGAGCUCGUCGACGUCCACAGUAUUCAUGUCCUCCUCCGCCCUCACAGCAGCCCUCUUUCCUCACCGACACCCAUUUUAGCGACUCAUUGGCGCUGUGCUCCCCAUGUGAUCAGCAGCACACAACUGACGUCCAUCCCGAGAGCAUGAACUUAAUCGCGACUAUGAAGCUGCCACCCGCUUACAGCAUCAUCCACCAGAACGACUUUAAUGUUGGUCUAAGGAGUCUGCAGGACUUGCAAUUAGAGGGAGAUACUUAUGAUGUGGAUGUACUUAACCCCAGCCUGACUGAUCUGCAGUUGAAAGGUGACAUGUGGGAAGAGUUGCAAGAAGACAGCCUGGUGUCACAUCCACAAAGUGCCCCCAUGACCGUGACCAUCACCCCUGGUUUACAGGCAUCCUGUAUCCAUCCCAGCUACGGAGACACCAUGAUGCUGCCUGUCAGUGAGAUCUCACCGUUGGCCCGGCAUAAAAUAGAGUUUGAUGACACAUCGAGCGAACAGAGCUUGAAGCAACACGCGUGUUCUAGCGGCUGGCAUCCCGACGUUUAUUCAACUGACAAUUUGCCGCUAUAUUUGACCUGUUGCACCACAUCCUUAGUGUGAACAGGCAAUGUAACCGUCAACCGUCAACCCCUUCUUAACGACAGAUCCUUGACACGUUUUUUGAAUGAGUGUUACGGUAGCAGGCGGCUUCACCAUUGGAUUUGUGACCCAGGAAGUCCUCAAAUGCUUGUUUUCCCAAAUGUGUUCACCUCUCUACUCAGUGAGAAUAGAGAAGACCUCUCAUGGCUUGUGUGACCAUACAUUUCCAUGUCAACUCAAAACCAGCACAAGUUCUUUGGGGGAAAUGGAGAAUUUGAGCAAGGUGGGAAAACAAACUUCAACCGCAGAUUAUAUAAAUUGAUGGUGGUCUUAAAUCACAGUGCACUCUGUGAAUAUGACUUAUUUUUACAUGACGUCAUCAAAUUGAUGACCAUUAUUUUAAAUCAAACUUUCAUAGUUUACCCAUUGCAAUGCUUACAUUCAAAAUGUUAAGUACAAUAUACGAAAAUUUGUCUACAGCAGUGGUUCUUAACAUGGGUUCGGUGAGUCAAUCUCAGGGGUUCGGCAGAGCCUCUUCUGCAGAGGACUGAACACACCUGAUUUGUCGUGUAAAUUUGUGAUGACGUAUAUCUGAACUGGUCUCGCAAAGGCAUCAGCAGAAGUCAUGCUGAUUUGCAGGUAUGUAGUUUGUUUUGAGUUCAUGCAUUGUGUUGGUUUUGUCCUUUGAACAAGGGGAUGUUCAUGUACAGCUCAUUUUGUGCACUGGUAAAAACAUUAAUGUCUUGGAUUUUUAAAUAAAUAAUAAUAUUUUUCACCAAAGAGGGGUUCGGUGAAUGCGCAUAUGAAACUGGUGGGGUUCGGUUGUCACGACUCGUCCCCGAUUGUGUCCAUAUUGACAUAGUUUCUGUUUGUGUGUCUGUGUGCUCGCCCCUCCCCUCCUGUGUGCCCAUGAUCAGUGUGAUCAUCCUCACCUACCUGUAUGUAUUUAAAUCCUGUCUGUGUGUCACGAACUUGUCGGAUUAUUUCUUGUCUCAUGUCUUCUUGUCUCUUGUCGUUCCUGUUUUUACCUUGGUCGUUUUCUGUUUGUCAUCCCUGUCGGUCAAUCAGUUCUGUUGGUGUUUUGUGAUUCUGUUAAAUUAGUUUGUUAGUUGCACUUUUGUAAACAUUUUAAAGUCAAAUUGACUUUGAUUGUGUACUUCAUUCUUGCAUAUGACGAUGUGAACGUGUGUGUGUGCGUGCGUGUGUGUGUGUGUGAGACAUUAAAAAAAAAAAAUCCGCGCCAAAUGCAACAUAUUAAAUGGCUCGCUUUGCUUUUAUUGUUGUACAUAGAAAAAAGAAAGACGCUUGGUGGUUGUAACGUAAUAAUGCAUUUUGCACAGAUGAUGGCAGUAAAGUCCCUUUUGUACAAA